AUGGAGCCAUACAAGAAAGCUCACACGCAACCACGAAACAUUGACAUCUUGAAAGGACCCACCAGACAUCCGAGGAACAUCCGCGCCGCUCCAAAACUCUGCACUCGCAUAACAACCAAGCGGCAACUGCUCGCAGCAAAGCUCACCCAGCUGAGCUCUCCAUCUGCGCGCACCUCCCGCAGAGCCACACACUCCAACUUCGCCCAAGUCCAACUCUUCCCCUCGCGUCCUCCAGACAUACACUUCCGAGCCUCCGAACCAGACCUACAUCGAACACCGCAUCCUCCCUUAACCACAGCCUUCCGCGGCAAGCGACCGACAACCAGUCGCCACAAGUCCGCACGCACCAUUCAGCGCCCUUCAGGGCAUGCUGUGUACAUCAGCCCGGCGUAA